AUGUCGAACACCGACUUUGUUGGCAAAGCCAUCGCGAUCGUCAAGAAGGCCAUCGAGGAGGACACGGCCGGCAACUACGAGGUGGCCUACCAGCAGUACUACCAGGCCCUCGAGUGCUUCAUGCUGGCCCUCAAGUGGGAGAAGAACCCCAGGAUGAAGGAGUCGAUCCGCGGCAAAGCCGCCGAGUACAUGGAGCGCGCCGAGAAGCUCAAGACGCACCUCAACGAGAACGCAAACAAGAAGAAGCCCAGCAAGCUCGGCGCCAACGGCACCACCAGCAACAAGAACGACCCGGACGAGGACACCAUGGACCCCGAGAGCAAGAAGCUGCGCGGCGCGCUGGCCGGCGCGAUCCUGACGGAGAAGCCGAACGUGAAGUGGGAGGACGUGGCGGGGCUGGAGGGCGCGAAGGAGGCGCUGAAGGAGGCCGUCAUCCUGCCGAUCAAGUUCCCGCAUCUGUUUACGGGGAAGAGGAAGCCGUGGAAGGGGAUAUUGCUGUAUGGCCCGCCCGGGACGGGAAAGAGUUACUUGGCGAAGGCGGUGGCGACGGAGGCGAAUUCGACGUUCUUCUCGGUCUCGAGUAGUGACUUGGUCAGUAAGUGGAUGGGAGAAAGUGAAAGGCUCGUGAAACAGCUCUUCACAAUGGCGCGGGAGAACAAGCCGUCAAUCAUCUUCAUUGACGAGGUCGACGCCCUGUGCGGAACCCGAGGAGAAGGCGAGAGCGAGGCCAGCAGGAGAAUAAAAACCGAAAUGCUGGUCCAGAUGGACGGUGUAGGAAACGACACAUCCGGCGUCCUCGUCCUCGGCGCCACAAACAUCCCAUGGCAACUCGACUCUGCCAUCCGGCGACGAUUCCAACGCCGCAUCCACAUUGCCGUCCCCGACAUGCCCGGCCGCAUGCGCAUGUUCGAGCUCUCCGUCGGCUCCACGCCCUGCGACCUCACGCCCAAGGACUUCAAGACGCUCGCACAGAUGUCCGAGGGCUACACCGGCUCCGACAUCAAUAUCGCCGUGCAGGACGCGCUCAUGCAGCCCGUGCGCAAGAUCCAGACGGCCACGCACUACAAGCGCGUCGGCGACAAGCUCACGCCGUGCAGCCCCGGCGACGCCGGCGCGCAGGAAAUGACGUGGAUGGACGUCGACCCGAAUGAGCUGCAGGAGCCCGCGCUUGUCCUGAAGGACUUUGUCAAGGCGAUCAAUAACAGCAGGCCCACGGUGAGUAAGGAGGAUGUCAAGAAGAGUGAUGAGUGGACGCAGGAGUUUGGGAGUGAGGCGUAG